CCGCAGAGGCUGAUGGGACGCUGGAGCCUGGGCGGUUGCUAGAGUCGGUACCAUGGCGACGCGCAGUGGGGUUGGGGUGGCAAUGGCAGCUCGGUCUCUUUUAUCUGCCCGAGCUGUGAUUGCGUUCCUCCUGUUGUUGCUCCCUCGCGUCUUACAGGCCCAGACCUUCUCUUUCCCUUUCCAGCAGCCGGAAAACUGCGAUAACAACCAGUACUUUGAUAUCUCCACGCUCUCCUGUGUUCCGUGUGGAGCUAACCAGAGGCAGGAUGCCCGAGGAACUUCAUGUGUAUGUCUACCAGGAUUUCAGAUGAUCUCUAAUAAUGGAGGACCUGUUAUUAUUUGUAAAAAGUGCCCAGAAAACAUGAAAGGUGUUACUGAGGAUGGCUGGGACUGCAUUUCUUGCCCUAGUGGCUUAACUGCAGAAGGAAAAUGUCACUGUCCCACUGGUCAUAUUUUAGUGGAAAGAGACGUUAAUGGAACAUUGUUGUCUCAAGCAACUUGUGAGCUCUGUGAUGGAAAUGAAAGCUCUUUUACGGUAGCAAAUGCUUUACAAGACAGGUGCAUCCGAUGUGAGCCAACGUUUGUCAAUACCAGCAGGUCCUGUGCAUGUUCAGAACCUAACAUUUUAACAGGAGGAUUAUGUUUCAGCAGCACAGGGAGUUUUCCUUUACGUAGAAUUUCAACUACACGUUAUGGAGAGAUUGGCAUGUAUUUAACUUCAGAAUGGUUUGCAAAGUAUUUGCAAUCAUCGGCAGCUGCAUGUUGGGUAUAUGCCAAUCUAACAUCUUGUCAAGCUCUUGGAAAUAUGUGUGUGAUGAACAUGAAUUCUUACAACUCUGCCACAUUUGAUGCGUGUCGACUAUUUCAGUUUAUCUUUGAAAAUGCUGCUGGACUGGGCGCUAUUCAUUCUAUUUCAUUUUGGAGACAGAAUCUUCCUUGGCUGUUUUAUGGAGACCAGUUAGGAUUAGCACCUCAAGUGCUCAGUACUACUUCUCUUCCUACAAAUUUCAGUUUCAAAGGAGAAAACCAGAAUACAAAACUGAAGUUUGUUGCUGCUUCCUAUGAUAUAAGAGGAAAUUUUCUCAAGUGGCAAACUUUAGAAGGAGGUGUUUUACAGCUUUGUCCAGACACAGAGACAAGGCUCAAUGCUGCUUAUUCAUUUGGAACAACCUACCAACAAAAUUGUGAGAUUCCUAUCUCUAAGAUCUUAACUGACUUUCCCACUCCUAUAUUUUAUGAUGUGUACCUUGAAUAUGCUGAUGAAAAUCAACAUCAAUAUAUUUUGGCUGUGCCUGUGUUAAACCUAAAUCUUCAGCACAAUAAGAUGUUUGUGAACCAAGACAGCAACUCUGGCAAGUGGCUUCUAACUCGGCGCAUUUUCUUAGUGGAUGCAGUAAGUGGACGAGAAAAUGACUUAGGAAGUCAGCCAAGAGUAAUUCGAGUUGCUACCCAAAUAUCACUGAGCAUCCGCCUUGUACCCAACACAAUAAAUGGAAAUAUCUACCCUCCCUUAAUCACCAUUGCCUAUAGUGACAUUGAUAUCAAAGAUGCCAACAGCCAGUCUGUAAAGGUUUCUUUCUCAGUCACAUAUGAAAUGGAUCAUGGAGAAGCACAUAUCCAGACAGAUAUUGCUUUGGGUGUGUUGGGUGGGCUAGCUGUUUUAGCAUCUCUUUUGAAGACAGCAGGAUGGAAGAGGCGCAUUGGGAGUCCCAUGAUUGAUUUACAGACAGUUAUGAAAUUCUUGGUGUACUAUGCUGGCGAUCUGGCCAAUGUUUUCUUUAUCAUCACAGUGGGAACAGGUCUUUAUUGGCUUAUUUUCUUCAAAGCACAGAAGUCUGUCUCUGUUUUGCUCCCAAUGCCAGUUCAGGAAGAACGUUUUGUCACUUAUGUUGGAUGUGCCUUUGCUCUGAAGGCACUACAAUUUUUGCAUAAGCUCAUAUCCCAGAUUACAAUAGAUAUAUUCUUUAUUGAUUGGGAGCGACCUAAAGGAAAGGUUCUUAAAGCUGUUGAAGGUGAGGGUGGUGUACGAAGUGCCACUGUUCCUGUAAGCAUAUGGAGAACGUAUUUUGUAGCAAAUGAAUGGAAUGAAAUUCAGACUGUGAGAAAAAUUAAUUCGCUCUUUCAAGUAUUUAUUGUCCUCUUCUUUUUGGAGGUUGUGGGAUUCAAGAACUUAGCAUUAAUGGACUCAUCUUCUAGUCUUUCUAGAAGCCCACCUAGCUAUAUAGCUCCUUACAGCCGCAUUUUGAGAUAUGCAGUGUCUGCUGCUCUUUGGCUAGCCAUUGGAAUUAUACAGAUCGUGUUCUUUGCUGUCUUUUAUGAGAGAUUUAUAGAAGAUAAAAUUCGACAGUUCGUUGAUUUAUGCUCUAUGAGUAAUAUAUCAGUGUUUCUGUUAUCCCACAAAUGUUUUGGAUAUUACAUUCACGGUAGAUCAGUACAUGGGCAUGCAGAUACUAAUAUGGAAGAAAUGAAUAUGAACCUUAAAAGAGAAGCGGAAAAUUUGUGUAGCCAGAGAGGUUUGGUACCCAACACAGAUGGUCAGACUUUUCAGAUUGCAAUUUCUAACCAGAUGAGACAACACUAUGACAAAAUUCAUGAGACUCUAAUACGGAAAAAUGGCCCUGCUAGACUAUUGAGUUCAUCAGCAAGUACUUUGGAGCAGAGUAUAAAAGCAUAUCAUAUGAUGAAUAAAUUUCUUGGCUCCUUCAUUGAUCAUGUAUGUAUGUCAACAUUUAUAUUUAAGCUAGGAUCAAAUGCAAUUUUUAAAAAGUUAAGUGGGAAUGUCAAUUAUUUCUUCAAGGUAACCAAGUCAGUAAACUUAGAACAUUCCUUAGGACCUUCCCUUUUUUUGUCUGUCACUUUCAAUACAUUUUUAAUAGAUGAAGGUUAUUCUUUCAGCAGUGUCCUGUAUUACGGAAAUGAAGCUACCCUUCUUAUUUUUGAUUUGCUGUUCUUCUGUGUGGUGGAUUUGGCUUGCCAAAAUUUUAUUUUAGCAGCCUUCCUUACAUAUCUACAACAAGAGAUUUUUAGAUAUAUCUGUAAUACAGUAGGACAAAAGAAUUUGGCAUCCAAAACAUUGGUGGAUCAAAGAUUUUUGAUUUAACUUCCUGAAUAAAUAACUUAAAGACUCAAUAUAAUCAUGGCCAAAAGAAAUUGUCAUGAUAUCAGGUUAGUUUGUCGUAUAUCUUAAGACUUGUAAUGUAAACUAUUCUGUUUUUGUUUUUUAUUUGCAGAAAGAUUUAUUUUUAUAAUUUGGGAAUAUAUAAUGUGAUAUAAUAGAAAAUACUGUUUUCCUAUUGUGUGUGGUAUUUAAUACACUAAGUAAUUAACACUGACAGUGAGGCAAAAAAGAAAUCUAAAUGUUGCUUUCAGCAUAGUACUUUUUAACGAUAAUUAAAACAGUCUCCAUUUGUCUCUGUAGCUUAUUUUAUAAACUGAGAGCUGUCUGAAUUUUCUCACAUUGACAAAAUAAUUUGAUUCCAAGUUCAAGACUAGUUUUCAGUUUGAUAUUUUCAUGUUUUAUGUGCUUAUGGUUAAAUAAAUAUUGAAAGAUGUUUUCAAGUUUACUUAGAAAUUU